AUGCAUUUAAAUGAUAUAAAAUGUAAUUUUAAUAAAAUUGAUUCUAGUUCAAGUCAUGAUUUGGACGACAUUCGAGCUGACUUGACACGAUUCUGGCAGCUGGAAGAGAUAUGCUCCAAAUCAAAUUAUUUUCCGGAAGAAAGAAUGUGUGAGGAACAUUUUGUUGCGAACACAACGCGCCUCGAUGACGGUCGUUUCUGCGUCCGUAUACCGCUUAAACAUGAUUCUUCUGUUUUAGGUAAUUCGUUUCAUCGAGCGGAACACUGUUUAUUUUCUUUAGAGCGUAGGUUGACGAGCAAUCUUGAAUUGAGAGAUAUGUAUAGCAACUUCAUGACAGAGUAUAAAUCGCUUGGCCAUAUGUCAGAAUAUAAACAGCCUGAGGUAGAUGAAAAGGAAUAUUUCAUUCCUCAUCACGGUGUUAUGCGAGAUAGUAGCACGAGCACCAAACUCCGUGUUGUAUUUAAUGCCAGUUCUCCUACGACCUCAGGUGUUUCUUACAAUGACAUCCAAAUGAUUGGUCCCACCGUCCAAGAUGAUUUGAUAUCCAUAUUGCUUCGAUUUAGGCAGCAUAAAUAUGUUUUGUCUGCAGAUGUUGAAAAAAUGUACAGACAAAUAAUUGUCCACCCGUCUGAUAGACAUCUACAGCAAAUACUGUGGCGUAGUAAUGUAGCUGAGCCAAUUACAAAAUUCAUAUUGAACACGGUCACAUAUGGAACAUCCAGUGCUCCAUUUCUGGCUACACGCUGUCUAAAGCAGUUAGGAAUCGACUGCAAGGAUGAUAAAAUUUCCGAGAUCAUUCAACAUGAUUUUUACGUUGAUGAUCUAUUAACGGGCGGUAACGAUUUGGCUGAAGUUCAAGCUAUACGUAAGCAAGUUACUAAUGUACUUGCUUCUGCAUGUAUGCCAUUAAGAAAAUGGAAAUCGAAUACUCCUCUUUUGAUGAUUGAUCCUCAGGACGUUCAAGCAUCAUCAUUCGAUUUGAAUAUUGGGAGUGAUGAGCCAAAUAAGUUAUUAGGUCUUAGUUGGCACACAGAUUCUGAUGAACUCUGUUUCCCAAUAAGUUCUCUAGUUCCUAAUGGUAAUACAAAACGUGAUAUUCUUUCGAUGAUUGCUCGAAUUUUUGACCCAUUGGGACUUUUGGCUCCAUGCAUAAUUAAUAUGAAAAUAUUGUUACAGCAGCUUUGGAUUAAAAAAUUAGCUUGGGACGAACCAUUAACUGAUGAUAUUAAUCGUCAUUGGAAUUACAUUCGUAAAACUUUGCCUCUUUUGAACGAUCUUCGUGUACCGAGGAUUGUUAUUUGCGACUCCUGUAAGUCGUUAGAGUUGCAUGUUUUUUCGGACGCUUCAGAGCGUGCAUAUGGAGCUUGCAUUUAUUUGCGUAGCGUCAGUACUUCUGGUGAAGUUAUGGUUCGGUUGUUAAUGGCUAAGAGCCGAGUAGCUCCUAUUAAGCCUACCACAAUACCUAGGUUGGAACUGUGCGGUGCGUUGAUGGGAGCGCGGCUAUAUGAUAAGGUCAUCACGUCGCUUAGAUUGGGAAUAGAUCAAGCUUACUGCUGGACAGAUUCCACCAUAGUUUUACGUUGGUUACGUAUGCUGCCUUCUAGACUUCAGCCUUUUGUACGUAAUCGUGUUGCUGAAGUCUUAGAAAGGACAGAAAAUUGUAAAUGGCGACACGUACCAACUGAUGAAAACUCAGCAGAUCUAAUAUCUCGUGGUGUGGAUAUUAGUAAUCUGCAAGGUUUAAACUUAUGGUGGUCUGGUCCGCAAUUUCUCAUGAAUGACUUGUCGAAGUGGCCUACGCAACUGAAGUGUGUUGAAGUUCUCCCAGAAAUUAAACCAGACAUAUCUCUAAAUGCUAUUGUUAUUAACAAUAAAAAUUCCUGCGAAAGUGUAGCCUGUGAUGGCAUUGGCUUCCAUUUUAUUCCGGCGUAUGCUCCUCAUUACGGAGGUUUAUGGGAAGCGGGUGUAAAGUCGACAAAAUACCACUUACAGAGAGUGUUGGGUAAUUGUACAUUAACCUAUGAAGAGCUUAACACCACUCUCAUACAAAUUGAAGCAGUGCUGAACUCUCGACCCCUGACACCACUUUCUUCGGAUCCUGCGGACUAUAAUCCAUUAACCCCAGGCCAUUUUUUAAUUGGGCGGUCUCUGACUUCUUUGCCAGACCGAGAUUAUCAAAGACAUUCCACAAAUAAUUUAACACGGUUCCAACGCAUUGAGCAAUUACGACAACAUUUUUGGGCUAGAUGGAGCAAAGAGUACAUUGCAGAAUUGCAACAACGUGUCAAGUGGCGUACUUGCAAGGAUAAUUUAAAAUUGAAUACGUUGGUAGUAAUUAAGGAGGAUAAUCUUCCGCCAUUAAAGUGGAAAUUAGGAAGAGUUGUGGGAGUUCAUCCUGGUCUUGACGGCAUAGUACGGGUUGCUGAUAUCCGGACAUCCACUGGAGUUAUUCGGCGAGCCUUUAGCAAAAUCUGCCCAUUACCAGUAUCAUCGGAGUCUGAUUGA